UCUCUGGAGCCUAGGGACUUCCUCUCUCUUGCUUGUCUGGGUCAGCUUGUCUGUCCAUCGCUGGCCCAUCUCUCUCUGGCCCUCUCUCUCACUCUCAGCAGCUGUCUCUCACAGGCCCGCUGCCCUGCCUUUUCUUUCCCGCUAUUGCCUCCUGCUCUGCCUGCCUGGGUGGCCGCCAUGGGCCGGAAGCGAUUCAUCACUGACUCCUACCCUGUUGUGAAGAAGAGGGAGGGGCCCCCUGGGCACAGCAAGGGGGAGCUGGCACCAGAGCUAGGAGAAGACACCCAGUCCCUCAGCCAAGAGGAAGCAGAGCUGGAGUUGCUGAGGCAGUUUGAUCUGGCCUGGCAGUAUGGGCCUUGCACAGGUAUCUCGCGGAUGCAGCGCUGGCAUCGGGCAGAGCAGAUGGGCUUGAAGCCCCCUCUAGAGGUGCACCAGGUGCUGAAGGCACACCCCGAAGACUCCCGCUUCCAAUACAGCCUCUGGCAUCUCUACCCGCUCUGAGGUAUCACCUAGGGUGUCCUUCUCUUGAUAUCUAGCUACCAAGAACUUCAGGACAGAAUCCAUGGCCAGUAGAUUCCGCUCUGCUCAGCUCUGGAGAAACAGCAGGCUGACUACGGAGGUCCUCCUGGUUCAGUCUCUUAUCUGCCUAAGCAACAGGCUCCUGACACUCCUGAGACCCUGUGUAGCUGAAGUCGAACACCUCAAGGACCUAAUCAUGGCCACCAGACGCUACACUCGCGACACUUGUACAGCCUGGCACAAAGCCAAAUGUCAGCAUAUGAGAAUCAAGGAGUUCACUACUGCUUACAAUAAAGUACAUUAA